AUGGCCACCAACUCAUCUCCCAAACCAACUCAUCUCGAGCCCUCACCUCUCGGCACAAAAGAGUACUGGGACAACCUCUACACGGCAGAAAUCACAAAUCACUCCCUCGACCCCUCGGACGAAGGGACAAUCUGGUUCGACGACUCGGCAGCCGAAGACAAGAUCCUUGCCUUUCUGGGGGAGAAGAUAGUUAAUGAGGGCAUACUGGGGGGUUGGGUGACAAGGGAGAAUUGCACUUUCUUGGAUUUGGGGACGGGGAAUGGUCAUUUCCUGUUUAGAUUGAGGGAGGGCGAUGAUGAAGUAGUGGAUGAAGAGGAAGGGCAGGGUGGGUGGGGAGGGAGGAUGCUGGGUGUCGAUUAUUCGAAAAAGAGCGUUGAGUUUGCGAGGAGGAUUGCAGGUGAUAAGGGAGUUGGGAUAGGAAGUGGAGAGAUGGAGGUCGAAUUUAAGUGGUGGGAUGUUAUGAGCCAGGAUCCGGUGGCGGCCGUGCUUGAGGGGAGAAAUGAGCGGGGGUGGGAUGUGGUGCUUGAUAAGGGGACUUUUGAUGCAAUUAGUUUAUCUGAGGAGAAGGAUGCGAAUGGGAGGAGGAUUUGCGAAGGGUACAAGGAGAGAGUUGUGCCGCUUAUUAGAGAGGGAGGGAUUUUGUUUGUUACGAGCUGCAAUUGGACGGAGGAAGAACUGGUUACUUGGUUUCAGGGGGGAGAGCUGGAGUAUGUGGACACCAUCAAGUACAAGAGCUUUAGUUUCGGGGGAAGGAAGGGUCAGACGAUAAGUAGUGUCUGUUUUAGAAAACAUGGUCUCCGAUAA